AUGCAAAAGCUCAAGAUUUUGAUUAAGGAUAGGAGACCAGACUGGGUCUUAAAUUAUCCUGUGGUAGAGGAGAACUGGAGUCACUAUCUUCAAACUCUUGAGGGGCAUAACGAAGGGGUCACAUCGAUUGCCUGGUCGCCAGAUGGAAGCCAACUUACAUCAGCGUCUUCUGAUAAGACAGUCAGGAUCUGGGAUCUAGCUACCGGCCAGAGCGUUUCAAAUCUUCCUAUCGGCUUCAUCGACUCUCUUCAAUUUGACAACGAUAAUAUCAAUCUUCUGCACACAAAUCACGGUACAUAUGACAUACGUUCAAAAGGUCCGAUGACGCCUGUAUCUGACGACUUCAUCUCGCCGCUUAAGCAGUAUAGAUACGGAUUAAGCCAGGAACGUUCCUGGAUAACCUAUAAUGGACUUAAGCUGUUGUGGCUGCCUUCAGAAUAUCACCCAAAUUCUUACGAUAAUUUCGCUAGAUAUGCAACCACAUUGGCGAUCGGUUGCUCAUCAGGUCGUGUUAUAUUUCUCAUGCUCUCAAAACAAAAUCCCGUUUUUAGCCUUUGA